AUGAACAACCUUUCCAUCGAAUACUCCGCUUUCGAAAAGAUGAUCACGAAGAAUAAGAGACGUUCUAGCUCGCCUAUCCCCUCCCGCAUUCGCCUCAGUUCUCCCCAGCCCCGAUUCAACGCUCCUUUGGCCGUCCGAGUCCACUCCGUUGCCCCUCAAAAGAGAUCUGCUGUACAGAAGAUCCUGAAGACUAUUCGCAAGAAGAUCCUGAUCAAGCGAAAAGAGUCCGCUGCAAGCAUCGAGUUUUCCUACGCCCAGCGAUCGCUCAACGGUUCCGAGCUGCGAGAAAGAAUUGAACAAACUCGCAACGAACGACUGGAGCUUCAACGAAAACUCGCCUCGAUGGAGAGUAAAGCGAAAUCGAGAGUUCAAGCUCCACGACGAACAGAGUCGAUUAAAGAAGCGAUGAAGCAGAAAGUACUGAUCCAGAAACGUCUCAAAAGAAGAUCUCAAGAAGCGACUCAGAAUUACCAUGUUUCUGCUACUAUUAAACUGAACGCUUGA